AUGGCGGCGGGGCGGGGCGGGGCCCGCGCCGUGAGGGUGGACGUGAGGCUGCCGCGGCAGGACGCUCUGAUCCUGGAGGGCGUCAGGAUUGGCCCCGAAGCCGACCCAGCACCCACGCUGGGCGGUCGCCUGCUGCUGAUGGACAUCGUGGAUGCUGAGCAGGAGGUGCCGGUAGAAGGCUGGAUUGCAGUGGCAUACGUGGGCAAGGAGCAGGCGGCCCAGUUCCACCAGGAGAGUCAGGGCAGCGGCCCGCAGGCCUAUCCUAAGGCCCUGGUUCAGCAGAUGCAGAGGGCGCUCUUCCUGGGAGCCUCUGCCCUGCUCCUCCUCAUCUUGAACCACAACGUGGUCCGAGAGCUAGACAUAUCGCAGCUUCUGCUCAGACCAGUGAUUGUCCUCCAUUAUUCCUCCAAUGUCACCAAGCUACUGGAGGCACUGCUGCAGAGGACCCAGGCCACAGCUGAGAUCACCAGCGGAGAGUCCCUGUCAGCCAAUAUCGAGUGGAAGCUGACCCUGUGGACCACCUGUGGCCUCUCCAAGGAUGGCUACGGAGGAUGGCAGGACUUGGUGUGCCUGGGAGGCAGUCGGGCCCAGGAGCAGAAGCCCCUGCAGCAGCUGUGGAACGCCAUCCUGCUGGUGGCCAUGCUCCUGUGCACAGGCCUUGUGGUCCAGGCCCAGCGGCAGGCGUCAAGGCAGAGCCAGCGGGAGCCCGGAGGCCAGGUAGAUCUGUUCAAGCGCCGCGUGGUGCGGAGACUGGCAUCCCUCAAGACCCGGCGCUGCCGUCUGGGUAGGGCAGCACAGGGGCCCCCAGAGCCUGGUGCUGAGACUUGCGCCGUGUGUUUGGACUACUUCUGCAACAAGCAGUGGCUCCGGGUGCUGCCCUGUAAGCAUGAGUUUCACCGAGACUGCGUGGACCCCUGGCUGAUGCUCCAGCAGACCUGCCCUCUGUGCAAAUUCAAUGUGCUGGGGAACCGCUACUCAGAUGAUUAG